CAGCAGCCCAGCCAUCCAAGAGAUACUUAUUACAGCAAAGCCCAGCAAGAGGAUAACUAUCUGAAGCAAUGCAUCUGAUGAAGGGACUACUGAUCGUGGUGUGCCUGGCGGCCUUUGCCAGCGCCAAGCCGCAGAACUUCCAGGUCUUCGGACGCCAGCGGGAUGAGCCCGCGGCCCAGGGACGCCUCAGUGCCACCCAGCUGACCGACAUCCUGAACAGCCUGAAGGGCAGCAGCAGCACCACCACCCUGGCACCCACCACCACCACCUUGCCCUCGACCAGCACGAUCACCACCUCGCCCACGGGACCCACCACCUCGACUGGAACCUCCACGACCACCACCACGCCCACCUCCACUGGCACCACCGGCCGCCAACUGGAGCCCCUGGAUGAUCAGGAGGAGGAUGACGAGGAGGAGCUGCAGCAGGUGGACCAGCAGCAGCACCGCUUCCAGCUGGAGGACGACGACGAGGAGGAGGAGCAGCACAACCAGGUGGCCCGCUCGCAGGCCAGCCGCCGCAGCCAGUUGAACGCCCGUCGCCAGCGCCAGCGGCUGCAGCAGAAGCACCGCCGCCGCCAGCAGCAGCAGCGCCGUCGCCGCCAGCUGCAGCAGCAGAAGCGCCGCCAGCAGCAGCAGCGUCGCCAGCAGCAGCGCCGCAGGAAGCAGCAGCAGCAGAGGCGCCGCCAGCGCCGCAACCGCCGCACCAACAUGCGCCUGGCCAGCCGCUUCCGCCAGAGCACCCCCAACCGGAACCGCGUCAUCCGCAUUGCCGCCUAAGGCGGGAAUUCCCCGGAAACCGAUCUGAA